AUGGUAGGUGGAAGAAUUUCAGCAAGAGAAAGCUGGCCCUGGCAGAUUGCAAUCUACGCUAUUCGCGAGAGCGGUAAAGAAAACAAUUUAUAUUUCAUAUAUCUCAAAUAGGGCAAGUUUAAAUGGGUAACCAUAAGAAAGAGUUGAGAAAACUGCUUUGUAAAUGUCAUUAUACACUGCGUUUCCCCUGCCGUUUGAGUUCUCUCGCAGGAAGCAAUUUAAGGAAGUUUAGAAAAGUACAUUCAAGAAAAGAAACUGCGCGAUUCCUUUGGCAAACGCGGAUGGGUGAAAAUCUCAUAAAUUACAAGAAGUGUGACGCACGAAUCUAAUCAUGAGUAGGAAAUUUUUAAUCCUUACGAAGCAGAAAUCAUGCCCCUUUUUCUGAACAAAAAGAACUGCCUACAAAAUUGGAAACCAAGGCCCUGCCCGUAGACCAAUUACUAUCAGCACGGUUGGUUAGUGCGUGGCCGGCCCUUCUGUGCAAGAGUUCAACCUGUCCUCGAUUCCCAGGUGUGACCUUAAAUCCUGUUUUGGCUGGUAGUCAGAUGAUGACUAUUUCGAGCUACAGACCUAAACUGAGGACACUUUUGACCCAAUAGCUUUUUAGCAGAAGCCAAUUUAAUACUGGCUCCAUUACUAUAAGAAACAGUACUGCAGACUUCAGAAAAAAUUACUGAAUCUUAUUAUUCAAAUAAAAUUUGUCUGAUCGAAAAUUUUUCGUGAAAAUCUGUCGCUAAUUUCUAGAUAUAACAGUGUCAAGAAUAAUUAUAUUUCUUUGUCUUUACCCAGGGCCUACGUUUCUCUGUGGUGGUGCUCUUAUCUCUCCUCUCUGGGUUUUGACCACUGCACACUGUUUCUAUGAUUUAGGGAAUGGCGUUUUCUAUGGAAAUACAAGUUGGUAAGUGACUGGAAUAGAUGAGGCAUAUUCGCCACUUUAGAAUCGAGAAGGGGACUGGAACGAAAUGUGUCCCGCUAUUGUUUCAGGGAUGGUUACUGGGACGCAGCGGUCAGCUGUUGGACAAUUUUUUCCUGUCUCAAGUAACAGUCCCAGAAGUCUUUGCGAAAGUUAACUCAACCAAGUUUCCUUCUCUUUUGGCAAAUUGCAUGUAGCAUCCAGCGUUUCGUAUGCAUAACAGGUGAUUCAAGUAGACCCUGAAAUUAAAACACUUACACUUGUUUCGGAUAACACGCGACCUGCGAAGUCAAAAACGUCUUCGAUUUUGGGUUUCUGGGACGUCAAUGAAAAUCUGAAAGCUUGGCACUUUCUUGGCCGGACUUCUUAGGAAACAGACGUUUACUUCAAUGGGUCCAAAAGGUCAUGGUUUGGGAUUUGUGAUUGGUGGAUUUCGAUCCGUUUUGUGUGUUUCAGUGUUUCAAGGUUCGUUGAUUUUGAACUUGAGAGCUCACCUGUUUUCACGUAUUAGCUCUCGCGUUUAAUUACCUUACUAAAACUUGGAAAGUUGACAUUCACAGGGUGAAAUUGUUUCUAUAGAGCUUUCAAAUCCAGAAGAAACACAGAUAUAAAACUAGAGAUAUUAACAAAGAUUAGAAAAAGCAAUGUACACAGAUCAACGAGCAAACUCUAAAUGUUUUAAAUCAUGAAGGUUGGGACGACAUUCAUUAAUUAGAGACCAAUCCUCAAACUGCUUACAGUUUAUUUUUUGAUAAACUGUCAGAAGCAUUUAAUAAAAGUGUACCAAUAAUUAAACAGAGCAAUAAAAGUGUUAAGAAAUCAAAGACAUCGUGGAUCACUAAAGACAUUUUAACUGCAAGGAAAAUCAAGGAAACAAUGCACAAAAAGUUUGUUAAAAAUCCUAGCGAAAUGAAUGUGGUGACUUACAAGAGGAUUCGAAAUAAGUUCAAUAAAACGAAAAAAGCUGCAAAGAAAAAGUAUUACUGUGACAGACUAGAAAAAGCAUUACCAUUUGAAACUUAUUUGACCAAAUUUUAACAGACGGGUUUUUAAAUAAUCAAUAAUAUCAUUGUACUGUUAUUAUUAAAUGUGUCACAAAAUUCGUCUGUUUGACUUCCAUUUUAAAAUUCUCAUUAUUCAGAUUACGAUAAAAGUAAAAAUUCUGCCAAAUAUUUCAAAAUUUUAAUGAAUAGAUUUUGAGAAAUCGUCUUUUGUGCACCAUAGCUUUUUCGCCCGCCAUAUUGGUUUGUCUAAUUUAAAACACUCGCUGUCACUCAAGUUAGCGCUGACCGCCCGCAAAACUGUGUUCAGCCACCUUAAGGAGAAUGAUAGCGGAGCUCUCGCACGCGCUUUGCGCGUGCCAGCGGGGCACCGUGGGUAAGUAAAUCAACCCAUCCCAGAAAAUAUGGUUAUCACGUGACCGUACACCGACCGAACAUCCCCGAACAUCGCAUGAAUGUGCCCUUAAGUUAACUGAUUUGUGGAUUACAAGUUUAUUGUUUGAUUUAAAUCAUAAAUUUAUUAGUGGGAGCUUUGCUUUUAGCCCUGGCUAAAUCUAUAUAAUUUAGAGGUUACAGAUCAUAAGGAAAUAGCUGAACGGCUUAAUAAAUAUUUGGCAAACAUAGGACCUAAACUAGCAGAGAAAAUACCGGAAAAUAUCAUCAACUUUGAAUCAUACUUAGAAAAAAAUAAUGCUGACUCUAUUUCUUAGAUCCAGUAACUGAAAGAGAAAUAGAAAUAUAGCCGAAACAACUGAAAAUCGACAAAUCCUGCGGUUAUGAUGAAAUGUCUCCAAAGGUUGAAAAAGCGAUAUCACAUAUAAUCAAAACCACUUUCACACAUAUAUAACCAGUCUUUUCUCACUGGUAUUAUACCUGAUGAAAUUAAAUUAGAACGUUUCUCAAAUUGUAGACCUAUAAAAAUUAAUGUACAAGCAAGUUCUAAAUUUCCGAAAUCUUAACCGACAGUCAAUACGGAUUCAGUAAACAAACGUUUAACAAGUUUUGCAAUUCUUGAGCUUGUUUCAAAGAUAUGUAAGGUAGUGGACAGUAGUGAAUAUACAAUGGGGGUUUUCCUAGACCUCUCUGACACGGUAGAUCACAAUAUAGUGCUAUAUAAGCUAGAGCAUUAUGGAUUUAGAGGAAUAGCCCUAGACUGGUUUAGAAUUGAAACUACUUAUCCGGAAGAAAAUCAGUUGUUAAAUUCAAAUUAACCAGUUCAGAUUACUUAACAAUUAAGGGUGGUGUGCCACAAGGCUCUGUUCUACUGUUUUUAAUAUACGUCAAUGAUAUAUGUAAAAGCUCUGAGAUAUUAUCCUUAAUUUUAUUUGCUGGUGAUACUGUAACAGUGAUUAAACUCUUCUUUAAUAACGUCUCGAAACAACUACAACAACUGCACAGCAAAAAUGGCCGUCUACACUCUCUCAACGAUCCGCACGUGAUUACCGCCCCGAAGUCCUGGGGUGAGGCUAGACUAGUCUCUUAGCAACGUUAAACACCCCCCCUCCCUAGUGGAGAAAGGGCGUUAUCAAUGUCCUUCCCUAAAAGAAAGUCUCCCAUCCAGGCAGGGACACGGCGGACCCUGGCUGAACGUCUCGGCCGGAGGUCCGGUUCACGGUUGACAGCUGCGGCAUUCUCAAUCGGAGCGGGACCCCCAGGCAGGGCAUCUGCAGUGCGAGCCCACGGUAACUCCAACACAGCACGCUCUCCAACAUUCAGAUCCGUAGGUUGGCCAGCGUCUCUCUCGACGUCAUACAAUGUCGGCUGAAGCUGAGGGGGUUUUCCGUCUUCCCCGUGAGGGUGUGGCCUCCUCGCACUGUAUCCUGUAGGUGACGUCAGAUAUGACCUUCACUACUCGCUACGGUCCGGACCAGGGGCGAUAGAAUUUCCGGUGUACCCACCUCGGAACGGCCUUUUCCUCUAACCACACCAGAUCACCCACUUGGUACGGCUUUGCGUUUCCCUUGCAGCGCGCGUCAUAGACAUCUUUCUGGUGACGAAGGUUGACUCGCAGAUUUUCCCCUACUUGUCCAUACACUCCCUUAAGAAUUUCUUGCUGUCUCUUGACGAAAGAGGGGUAAUCAGGCGGUUGUUUUGAAGGCGGCCCCUCCCUCAUUGCGUCAAUAGGUAAUCUCAGUUCCCUGCCGAACAUGAGCAUACUGGGGGAGAAGCCAGUCGUCUCAUGGGUGGAUGCACGCAAAGCCAGGAGGACCUUAGGAAGAUACUGAUCCCAUUCCUCUUGCUCCUCCGCAAUCUUGGCAAUAACACCGGUAACCGUACGGAUAAGUCGUUCCGCACCCCCAUCACACUGAGGGUGGUAUGGCGUUGUCCUUUGUUUGACGGACUCAAAAUUGCGGCCCUGGUCGCUGAGUAUCCCACGAGGGCAACCGAAGCGGCAUACGAAGUUGUCCAUGACAGUCUGGGCGACCGUGUUAGCCUCUUGAUCAGGUAAGGCAUACGCUUCGGGCCACUUUGUAUACAUGUCCACCACAACAGCAACAUACUUGUUUCCUUUGUUGGUCUCUGGAAGGGGGCCGAGAAUGUCAAUCUGAAUCCUCUCUAGUGGGUAGCCCGUCUUAAUAGAUUGCAUGGGCGCUCUCACCCGUGGUAUUGGUCCAUUUCUGGAGCCGCAAGUGUGACAAGUACGACAGUACAGUUCAAUAUCCGCAGUGUAGCCAAUCCAGUAAAAGCGUUUCCGCACAUUGUCUGUAGUCUUGCGCACUGGCAAGUGUCCACACUGGUCAUGUAACUCCUGCAACACAGCACCCUUUAACUGCUCUGGGACACACACCUGCAGACUUUCAUGUCCAGUCUUUUCAUCAAACCAUCGCCGGUGCAACACCUCAUUCUGCAAAAGCAACCUAUCGUAUUGACCCCAUAAAGCCCACAUAUGCCGAUCUGCCCCGCUCAUUUCUUCUUUAGGUGGUCUCCUUCCUGCCCUAAGCCACUGUAGCACUGCAUUCAAAUGCUUAUCCUUUGACUGCUCUGCCCUAAGGUGAGAACUGGACCACGGUGGGUGCGGCGGUCUGGGUUCCGACUCGUUUCCAUCCUCGACGAAAGUUCUUGAACCGUCAUUGGUAGUCGCUCCAACAACCAAUGGUUCACAAAAAUUCUGUGCUUCACCAAGUGUCAGACGCGGGGUUUUCUGGCCAAGGUCGACGGGACAGGCCAUCGGCAUUGCCAUGCAGAUGACCUGGCCCAUGUUCUAUCUUCAUGUCGUACUGUUGAAGGUGCUGAAUCCAUCGGGCUUCCUGAGGUUUAGGAUCUUUAAAGUUCUGAAGCCACACUAACGAGCGGUGAUCCAGACGAGCAACAAACUGUUUGUUGACCAGAUACGGGUAGAAUGUUUUUGUCCCGAAUACUAGCGCAUACAUCUCAAUCUUGGUUGGCGGCCACUUUCUCUGCGAUUUUGUCAAGGCCUUGGCAGCGUAUGUAAUCGGGCGCUCCUCGCCAUCUUGCACCUGAGACAACACAGCAGCGACACCGGUCGUGCUAGCGUCAGUAUCUAGUAUAAAUGGGAGAUCAAACCUUGGGUAUGCGAGAACCGGUGCUUCACAAAGGGCUUGCUUUAGGGCGUCGAAAGAUCUUUGACAGUCGUUGGACCACACAAAGUUUCUUCCCUUUUCCUCAAGAAGGAAAAGAGGGCUUGCGACAGUUGCGAAAUCCGGAAUAAACGUCCUGUAGUAGCCGAUCUUUCCCAGAAAAACAAGUAAAUCAGACACAUUGGUUGGUGGUGGCCAGGAUUUCACUGCGGAAACCUUUUCGGGAUCUGUGGAAACUCCCUCCGCUGACAGGAUAUGUCCAACAAAAGGUACGCGUUGUGGUAGCAGACAGCAUUUCUCUGGCUUCACCUUCAAUCCAGCCUCCUCUACAAGGGAGAGAGCACGGUCCAAGGACUCACAGUGCUUGGCAAACGUGGCACCAAAGAUGAGGACGUCAUCGAAGAAUGCCAAUAGUUCUUCCCAUGUCAUUCCCGCAAAGACAGGCAAUCUGCCGCACAAAGAAAGGAGCUGCGUUACAAAGCCCAAAGGGAACACGUUUCCAUUGCCAGUGCCCCUGCUUUGUAGAGAAAGCUGUUUUCUCCUGGUCAUCAGUGCGAAUUUCGAACGCAUGGUAGGCAGAGACAAAGUUCAGGGUUGAGAAAAAUUUUGCUCCAGCAAGAGUAUCGAUAAUGCCCUCCACCCUUGGAAUAGGGUAGUGUUCCUUAACAGUGACACUAUUUAGCUUACGGAAAUCAACACAGUAACGGUAAGAGCCAUCCUUCUUAGAAGCUAAGACGACCUGAGCGCUCCAAGGACUGGUUGACGGUUCUAUUACAUCUCUCUCAAGUAACCUUUGUGUCUCCUCUCUUAUGUACUUCUGCUGCUGAGGAGAAAAGCGGCGCAGUGGAAGUCUUGAAGGGGGUGCAGUCCCAGUGUUAAUUCUAAGCUGUGCCUUAGUGCAGUGGCCAAUAUCGUGUGGUCCCCUGGAUACUGCGUUAGAGUGCUUGGCCAUGAUUUUCCACACGCUCAGCUUUUGAUCGUCCGUUAUCUGAUCAUUAUCUAUAGGGAAUAGCUGCCUCAUCUCGUCAACUAUAUCCCAACUCGGCUCCGAUUCGACCGACAGUGCAUUGCAAUUCACUGUUCUUACAUAGCUAUCAUCGGUGGCGGACUCAACCCUAUAGUUUCGCGAUGUCGGUAUUGCUUGGCCACCCUCUAGGGCUGGACAGAACUCCCCCACACUUGUGGCCUUGUACAUUGUAACCGGCUGCCCAGAAUAGUUGUAGAAACGGACUGGAACCGACGUUUCAUUGACCAAGGAUAGAGUAUUGGGCACUGCAGUUGGAAACCUCUCAAAGAAUUUAUCCAUGGGUUCAGGGACUCCCUGAAUUCCCUCUAAAUUUGCCCCAUUGACCUGGCAAAUGAGAUCAACUUUUUGGUCUGGCUGAAUGGUAACAGUUUCUACCAGGGAGACUCUGUGCACCUGCCAACUUGAUUCAUCUCUCAAGUACACAUUUGUGUUUCCAGCCCGAAGGGUUCCCUUGUUAAAGUAGACAACACACCCAUUGUCCCUUAAAAAGUCUACCCCAAGAAGGGCACUCUGCUUGAGGUUGUCACAAAUAUAGAAUAGCUGUUUAGCUCUGAUCCCUUUGAAGGCCAUGUCUAGUUCCACUGUUCCCAAGAUGUUUAGCUGGGAGCCCUCGGCGCCCACGACCUUGGAUCCGACCUUCCCUAGGGCCCCGUUAAAAGCAAUGCACUUAAAAACUUUGACACUCAAAAUACAGAUUGGGCUACCACAGUCCACUACGGUAGUCACAGGGACCCUUUUUAUCUUGCAGUCAAGUAACAACACGUUAUACUGAAUGGAACUAAUGCGUAUCACUGGUACUUGGUCUUCGGGUGGGGAGCGACUCGGCUUUAUGACCUGUCCCCCGCCCUGCGGAAGUUUCUCUGCGGGCAGUCUCUCUGGAAAUGAUACACUGACCCACAUGUCCGACACCCCCUGCCCCUGCUAUUAGCGAGUCCAAACUGAGGGGGAACGUAGUUUCGUCGAGUACCGCUUGAAGGGAUAGCAUUAACCACUGCUUCGGCUGCUGCCUUUGCGGUGGCUGACGCAAUCAUAGUCGAAAGCUCUGGGGCCCAACCUGGUAGAGGUGGAUUUUGCACUUGGCAUGCUUCUUUCUCGUGGGUUGACACCUCACUCACAACCCUUUCUCUCAUUCUCACUGCUCUGAGUUCUAAUGCUUCGAGUUCUAGAGCUUCUGACAGGGCUUUAUCUAGGGUCGAGGGUUUAGAGCGAAUUACGUCCUUUGCAAGUGUCGCCCCAAUUGCAUCAGUGAAAUGAUCUACACAAGCUUGCUCCAAACUAGCCGAGCUCAAAGUCGGGUAAGCCUCCCCGCACAAGCGUUUAAUAUCAAUACUUAAAUCUAACAAACUUUCUCCCACCUUUCUUCGUCGCGCUUUGAGCGUAGCUUUAGCGGCUUCGGGAACCUGACGCAUGCCGAUUUUCUUGCGAAGAGCCUCUACCAUACAUGUGUAGGAGCUCUUGUCACUCGCCGAGAGUUGAGACAUAACCACACGAGCUUUUUCUUUCAUGCAAAGGAUCAGUUGAUUUGCUUUUUCCUCUUCUUUCUAGCCGUUCAUUCUCGCACAAGCCUCAAACUGGUCCAAGAACGCCUGAAAAUCGGUGUCGCUGCCGCUUCCCGAGAAUUUUUCAGGCUUCACUCUCGUCGCCGCCGCUGACGGUUUCACGUACUGUUUGUUUUCAAACUCCGAUAGACUCUCCAACGCUUUCCUCGCCGAUUCCUUCGCUUCGUCCCUCUCUUUGAUUAGCUCGGACUCUCGUUUUUUCAGCUCGCCGAUUUCGUGAAUGACUCGUUUGUGUUCCUUUUCCAGGGUUUCAAGGUUCUUUUGUGUUUGCUGAAAUUCUUCGCUAGUCGAUUUCAAAGUAGCUUUCGUCAGUUUUAACUGCACGGUAAGCCGCUCGAUUACAUCCUCCAGAAUUUCCCUCGAGGCCAUUUCUUCCGAUCCCACCGCUGCCACCAGUGUAACAGUGAUUAAACCCUUCUUUAAUAACGUCUCGAAACAACUACAACAACUGCACAGCCAAAAUGGCCGUCUACACUCGCUCAACGAACCGCACGUGAUUACCACCCCGCAGUCCCGGGGCGAGGCUAGACUAGUCUCUUAGCAACGGUACAAUAUAAAUUCCGUUCUUAAGUCACCAAGAUUUAAAAGCUCUCAACAAUACCGUGAAUCAAGAAUUAGAGAAGGUCACAUUGUGGCUAGCAGCAACAAAUUAUCAUUAAAUGUUUGAAAAAACUAAUUUUAUGAUCUUCAAAAGCGGAAAUUAUAUAAAACGUUCAACAUAUGGUAGCUGCAAAUAUUGCAGACCAAAAUGUAAAACAAGUCGAUCACACAAAAUUCUUAGGGGUAUACAUAGAUGGAAAAUUGUGUUGGAAAUUUCGUAUCAAUUAUGUUUCAAUGAAAGUAUCAAAAAUCGCAGGAAUAAUAGAAAAAGUAAGACAUUAUUUAGAGCUUAAAAAUUAAAGGAAUUAUACAACGCUACGGUUUAUCCAUACGCGACCUAUUGUAAAAUUAACUGGGCAAGCACAUAUGCAACUAGACUAAGAUCUAUUUAUUUAGCACAAAAGAAAAUGUUAAGACUCAUGACUUUUUCAAGUUUUCUAGAAACUUAGCAGCCUUUCUUCAAGUUAUUAAAAAUAACGAAUAUAUAUAAAAUAAAUCUGUACCUAAUUGCAAACUUCAUGUACUUACAUUAUUAUGGCAAACUUCCUGAAACUUUUAAUGACCACUUCGUAAUAAAUGAUAGUAUACACUCCCUUAAUACUAGGUCAGCUUCAAAAAUACACAUUGAUACCUUGAUUAAAAUGUAAGGUGAUACUCAUUAUGCGACCUUUUUAUUUUCAACUAUGUAAAGCAAUCAUUAAAAAAGCUCAUCAGAGCUUGCUGUGUUUCCUUUUGCCUUAACUAUAUAUAUUUAUAACAUAGCUAGAAAAGUCGCCUAAUCAAAUUCAAUAGCGCGAGCGUGCUUCAUAUUCCUAUUGAGUACGCUGAUGACGUCAAUAAACUAUUCGUAAUUCCUAGAGUUGUUGUGAGCUUAGCAAUCCUGAGUCUCCUGAGUGCAUCCAUAACUCAGCAAUAGACAAUGAAGCGUUUACCAUGUGUUUUAUAAGGAAAUUUAAGGGGAAACGUUUUAAUUUGUUAACCGAUAGUAAGGAAAAGAGGUGAGUGUUGUUGUUGUUGUUGUCAUCUCUGCGAGCUCUGCGGGCUAUGGCGUGAGAUAAUUCUUUGCAAAGUUGCUUUCUCUCAAUAACAAUUUUUCGGUAAAUUAAUAGUUUUCCGGCACCUAAAUAGGGAUUUUACAAUCAUUUUAGAGUACACUUUCUCUCAGUUUCAGGAUAAGAACAUAAGAUUAACUGUGAGGAAAAAAUAUAUAGUCACGUAAACAUUGACGUGUACUGCUUUGAGCGCGCCCUACAAUAAUAAAAUUUUAAGUUAACUGCUGCAUUGAUCUCUUUGAUAAUGUUACAAAACAAUUAGUUCAUGCUGCAGCUGUGCGUAUGUCGAGAUAUUGUGCACUUGGGAAG